AUGUCGAAAGCAACCACAGCCUCGCGAAACGCAAGCCCGAGACUCAGCCACCAUCCAUCUAUCCAGCCGGCGGCAUCGACGGACACCAGGCAUGACAACACAGCACCCGCACCAGAACCUCGCAGGACGUUCGAAGGCCGCUUGCUCGGCCCAGAAUUCCGUAUCCUCGAAUACCUGCGCUCCGACAACCAUGGGGAUGUGUACUCAGUGACGCGGACGCCCGCGCGGACCAGGCAAACCACGCAAGCGCGGGCCACGGACCGCGAGUCAACACUACUAGCAUCCUCGAACUCGUACGAGGCCAAGGCCGUGGAUCUCGCGCUUUGUGGGAGGGAACUCAGAACCCAUCGCCAGAAGCAUAUCAAGAGGUUGAAGGCGACGGCGUCGUACGUGUGCGUUUUGAACGCGUGGGGUCUGAAAUGGGUGGUUCGGCGGGUCAAGUGCUCGAAUGCCGUUGUCAUUGUCAAGGAUGCAGGCACAGUCACUGGCACAGGCACAGGUAAAGACGCAAUCAAGGGCGCUGUCACGGGGAGCGGUGAUGGCACUGGCACUGGCAUGGGCAGCAGCAGCAGCAGCAGCGUGGGUACGACGUCGGGCGCAGGUCCGAUUGGUGACUAUACUCCUCGUGCGAGCUCAUUGUUUCCGUUUUUAGACGGAGAUGAUCCGCCUCAGCAAUCUGAAUGUGUUGCACUUCGAUCACCUUCUCCUUUGCAUCAUGGUGGUGCCGAGACAGAGCAGGUUCAGGUGGAGGAGGGAGGAGGGCACGACCAGGACGAGGACGGGCACGGGGACGCCAUCAAUACCAAUAUCGCAGACGGUCCGUCCGUUGUUGUCGCGGGAGAAGCCGCCGGGCAUGCCGCUCCCUCUGCGGGUGCUGAAGCGUGCGAAUCAGAGAGCACACGGUCGGAAAAUUCGUCUCCAGCACGCGACGGAAGUACCAGACCUCAGAAGCAGAAGGCCCGGUGGCGGGCCAAGCAGAGAGAGACGCGCCGCUUGAUCAGGACACGACGUCUGGAGUCCGCCGCCGAGUCGAACGCAGUGCUGCUGCCGCUGCCGCGGCGGAGAGUGCGCAUCGCGCUGAGGUUGCCCGGGAGUGGCGGGGAGCUCUGGGUCGAUAGCUGGUACUGGUUUACUGCCGGCCAGGGAACCACUACCUCGAGCGAUGCCCGCCCUGAAAAUCCUUUGUCCAAGGUUCUCGAUGGGCUGAAUUGCCGCGGCGAAAGCGCGCAGGUUUACCUCCUAAUGCGGAGGUCCGUAUAUGCGCCCAGGCCGUGGCACCAUACGAGACUACUGGUUGGGGGAGGUCCCUCGGACUUCUGGAAGCACGGCCACGACACGACUUUCAUUACGGUCGAUAGGGACGGGCAAUGGUCAGUCCCGGCGUACAGAUGGGCUUGUGACGGUGAAAGAUGUUCAAUAUGCCAUAUCGAUGACACGAACUAUGGGCAGAAAUACCCAUAG